UCUGUUGCUCCGUAGCUAAGUUACAGUAGAGGAGCAACCGGACUGUCAACAAGUCAUCCUCAACGGCCGAGACGGAUUAUAUGUGGUCAGUUUGACGUUUCACGUGAACGUCUCUGGGCACAUGUACCGACAGAGGUGGAUGUGAGUCUUCAGUGUGACCAGCAUGGCUGCUGCCAGAACCACCAAGAUAUCAUGGCGGCUGCAGGAGUUCGAGGCUCACUCCAGCAGUGUCUCCUGUUUGGCUCUGGGGAAAAGCUCCGGCCGCCUGCUUGCCACAGGAGGAGAGGACUGCAGGGUCAACAUCUGGGCUGUGAGCAAGGCCAACUGCAUCAUGAGUCUGACUGGUCACAAAAACCCAGUGGAAUGUGUCCAAUUCAACAUGUCAGAGGAGCAGGUCGUUGCUGGUUCACAGUCUGGAUCAAUACGAGUCUGGGACCUGGAGGCUGCCAAGAUUUUAAGGACUUUGAUGGGACAUAAAGCUAACAUAACUAGUCUGGGCUUCCAUCCAUUUGGAGAUUUCCUUGCCUCCAGCUCCAUGGACACAAACAUUAAGCUGUGGGACGUUCGGAGGAAAGGAUAUGUGUUCAGAUAUAAGGGUCACACUCAGGCGGUGAGGAGUCUGGCCUUUAGUCCAGAUGGGAAGUGGUUGGCUUCAGCCAGUGACGACUGCACCAUCAAGCUGUGGGAUCUGACCCUGGGGAAGACGAUCACAGAGUUCAGAUCUCACACCGCGGCCGUCAACAUCGUGCAGUUCCAUCCCAACGAGUACCUGCUGGCAUCAGGCAGCUCUGACGGCACCAUCAAACUUUGGGAUCUGGAGAAAUUUACCAUGAUCAGCUCGUUGGAGGGAGACAUGUCUCCAGUCAGGUGUGUAUCUUUCAGUCCAGAUGGUAGUUGUCUGUUCAGCGGAGCCACAGACUCUCUGCGUGUCUUUGGUUGGGAGCCUGACCGCUGCUUCGACAUGGUGUCAGUGGGUUGGGGCAAAGUCUCGGAUCUGGCAGUCUGUAACCAGCAGCUGAUCGGCGUGUCUCACCAGCUGUCCAGCGUGUCUUCAUAUGUUGUCGAUCUGAAGAGGGUGAAACAGAGCGGCAGCUUUGUGAUCCAGGGAAUCGUCCGGGACAAUGAGCCACUCACAGAGCCAAAGGACCCCAAAGGGGCCGCACUGCGAAAGAACUAUGAAAGGCCGACAACCACCUGUAGCUCACAGAGGGUGAAGCAGAGGGCAGACACCGAGAGGCCGAGCCCUGAAGGGGAGAGACGGAGCCCCAGUGAGGACGAGGCUGACGAGAAAGCGUCGUCAGCAGAGAUCCACAAUGCUGAAGACUUCAAGGAAAUCUUUCAGCCCAAAAACGCCAUCUCUCGGACGCCUCCUAAAAUGUCGGAGCCUUUCCCUGCUCCUCCAGAGGACGAAACCAUCUUGGCGACUGGCCGCCAGCCAAAGGACAUGGCUUCUCCAUUUCCUGACAAGAUGCAGGCUCCUCCAAUGGCGUCUUCUACUCCAGUCCAGAGGGUGGAGCCCACAGUGGUUUCUAGUCUCAAGCCUCAGCUCCCCUCAGCAGGUGGCCCAUCGUCCUCCCGACCCCCCAUCUCCUGUCCCCCUCAGCCUCAGCCUCCCAUCAUCACGGCAAAGUCUAAACCACAAUCAAAAAUCAUCCCGAGUACCAGGAAUGAACCCAUUGGACUGAACGUGGCUGAUUUCCUGCCUUUUUCACCGAACAACAGACGUGCAGCUUUGAACAAUGAGGAGGCUGUGUCUCAGAUCAAGAAAGGUCACGACACCAUGUGCGUGAUGCUGAGCAGCCGACACAAGAACCUGGAGACGGUGCGAGGCGUGUGGGUCAGAGAGGACGUGAAGAGUGCUCUGGACACUGCUGUCUCCAUGAAUGACCUCUCCAUUGUUGUGGACAUCCUCAACAUCAUCAACCUCCAACCGUCUCUGUGGAAACUGGACCUUUGUAUGACGGUUCUCCCUCAGAUCGGCAAACUGCUGCAGAGUAAAUACGAGAGCUACAUGCAGACCGGCUGCAUGUCUCUGAGGCUCAUCAUGAAACAUUUCUGGGUGCUGAUCUUCGACACACUGAAGGCCGCACCAUCUGUCGGAGUGGACAUCACACGAGAGGAGCGACACCAGAAGUGCAAAGCGUGCUACAAGCAGCUGAAGAACCUCGGUAACAUCACGAAGAUCAAGGCGGCACAGGUUGGUCGUCACGGCAGCACCUUCAAAGAGCUGCAGCUGCUCAUGGCCCCGCUCAACGAGGCACUCUGACGUCAAAACACAAACUAAACCUUCAGUAAACGGACUGGUUGAUCAUCACCUGGAGAUUAUAAACACCACCUGUGGCUCCGAUCAUGCUCACGUGGCAAGUACACACGUGUCAAACGGUGAUUUUAAAUAUGUUAGUCGCCUCAGAACAUUGUCAACCUGCCUCGCAGCCGGGUACAGACUGAAAUGACACUACGAGGAUUAGGAGUAAUGAAAUAAUUGACAGAUAAUGAACCAGAAGAAUGUCCCGUCACAUCAAGCUUGUCACACUCUCAUUCAAAGGGUUACAUGUUUACAUGUUCCAUGCCGAGGAGUGCCGAGCUUCUCAUUGGAGAAAUGUUCCACAGACCUGGGAUGGCGGCCUAACAGACACUGAUGAUGAUCCAAUAUUUUCACUUUUCUACUCCCAGUUUCCCCUUUCACACGCGUAGAUCCACUGUUUUAAAUGUACAGUUCCUGAUUGUUAUUUAAAUAAAGUUAUACAUUAAAGCAGAUGAUUAAUAUUAACAAAAA